CUUGCAGCCGCUGAGCAUGCAGGCCCUUCCCGCGCAGCCCGAGUCGCUGUGCAUCGUGGAAAUGGGCGGCACGGAGAAGCAGGAUGAGCUGGGCGAGCGCGGCUCCAUCGGCUUCCUCUACCUGAACAUCGGCCUGCAGAAUGGUGUGCUGCUGCGAACUGUGCUGGAUCCCGUUACCGGUGAUCUUUCUGACACCAGGACCAGAUACCUCGGCUCACGGCCCGUGAAACUCUUCCGAGUCCGAAUGCAAGGCCAGGAGGCGGUGCUGGCCAUGUCAAGCCGUUCCUGGCUCAGUUACUCCUACCAGUCACGCUUCCACCUGACUCCUCUCUCUUAUGAGACUCUGGAGUUUGCGUCUGGUUUUGCUUCCGAGCAGUGCCCGGAGGGCAUCGUAGCCAUCUCCACAAACACGCUGAGGAUUUUGGCUCUGGAGAAGCUGGGAGCAGUCUUCAACCAGGUUGCCUUCCCGUUGCAGUACACGCCCCGAAAAUUUGUCAUUCACCCAGAGAGCAACAACCUGAUCAUCAUCGAGACGGACCACAACGCUUACACGGAGGCCACCAAGGCGCAGAGGAAGCAGCAGAUGGCCGAGGAAAUGGUGGAGGCUGCGGGUGAAGAUGAGAGGGAGUUGGCUGCAGAGAUGGCUGCAGCUUUUCUGAACGAGAACCUUCCCGAGUCCAUCUUCGGUGCUCCCAAGGCAGGGAAUGGACAGUGGGCCUCUGUCAUCAGGGUGAUGAACCCCAUCCAGGGAAAUACGUUAGAUCUGGUCCAGCUAGAGCAGAACGAAGCUGCCUUCAGCGUGGCCGUGUGCCGGUUCUCCAACACCGGUGAUGACUGGUACGUGCUGGUGGGAGUUGCCAAGGACCUGAUUCUGAACCCACGCUCAGUUGCCGGGGGAUUUGUCUACACGUACAAGCUGGUGAAUAGCGGUGAGAAGCUGGAAUUUCUGCACAAGACCCCCGUGGAGGAGGUGCCUGCAGCCAUCGCUCCGUUCCAAGGUAGAGUCUUAAUCGGAGUUGGAAAGCUCUUGCGUGUGUAUGACCUCGGCAAGAAGAAACUGCUUCGGAAGUGUGAGAAUAAGCACAUUGCCAACUACAUCUGCGGGAUCCAAACCAUUGGGCACAGGGUGAUUGUUUCGGACGUUCAGGAGAGUUUCAUCUGGGUGCGCUACAAAAGGAACGAGAACCAGCUCAUCAUCUUCGCCGACGACACUUACCCCCGGUGGGUCACUACAGCAACUCUCCUGGAUUAUGACACCGUGGCUGGAGCAGACAAGUUUGGCAACAUCUGCGUGGUGAGAUUGCCUCCCAACACCAAUGACGAGGUAGACGAGGAUCCCACGGGCAACAAAGCUCUCUGGGACAGGGGGCUUCUCAAUGGAGCGUCACAGAAGGCUGAAGUGAUUAUGAAUUACCACGUGGGAGAGACGGUGCUCUCCUUACAGAAGACCACGCUAAUCCCGGGAGGCUCGGAAUCUCUUGUCUACACCACCUUAUCAGGGGGGAUAGGAAUCUUGGUCCCUUUUACUUCCCAUGAGGAUCACGACUUCUUCCAGCAUGUGGAAAUGCACUUAAGGUCUGAGCACCCUCCUCUCUGUGGACGAGACCAUCUCAGUUUCCGCUCCUACUACUUCCCGGUGAAGAACGUGAUCGACGGGGACCUGUGCGAGCAGUUCAACUCCAUGGAGCCUAACAAACAGAAAAACGUGGCCGAGGAGCUGGACCGGACCCCGCCCGAGGUGUCCAAGAAGCUGGAAGACAUCCGCACGCGCUACGCUUUCUGA